UUACAGUCAGUGAUUAUUUCAGUAGAUUUACUCUGAAAAUUCAUAUAGCAUUUCCAUGUGAAUACUUGUCAUAUGGCCGGAGAAGAAUCUGUAUUGAAGUCAAGAGAGCCUCUUGUUUUCCGCAAUGCGCUUGACAACUGGAAGGUCUUUCAUUGGACAUUUGAUGACUGGACUCAUUUCUUCAGGGGUCAACCUCUAAAAUUUCGUGUCGGCUCCAAAAAGUGCAGUAAGGAGCCCCAGUGGGAACGCUCAUCCAGAACCAUCACAAUGACUUUAGACGAAUUUAAAAAUCUAGCGGUUGAAGAUUCUGACUCCUGGUACUAUUUUGAUUACAAACAUUUAAACGAAUAUUGUGAUCAUGAUACUUCAUUUUUAGAUGAUAUCAACUGGAGCUGUGUAGGCUUACCUGAAAGAUCAGGAAAGGACUCAACUCUUUGGAUUGGAUCAAAGGGUGCACACACUCCAUGCCAUAUUGAUACUUAUGGUUGUAAUUUUGUCGCUCAAAUUUUUGGCAGGAAAAGGUGGCUGCUGUUUCCCCCAGAUACAGUUCAGUUGAAGCCAAGCAGAAUUCCAUAUGAAGAGUCUAGUAUAUACACACACAUCAACUUUCAGUGCAGUCGAAACUAUGAUCCAAAAUUGAUUGAAAAGGCAUUCUCUGUAGAGUUAGACCCAGGUGAUGUGCUGUUUGUUCCCCCUCAAUGGUGGCAUUAUGUGGAGAACUUGUCAACUGCUAUCAGCAUUAACACAUGGGUACCUAUGGCAACAGACAAUUUAGCCAGGUUGAAGGAAUGUCUUGUUCGGUUUUUAGUGACCACCAUCAAACCAACUUUAACUUCUGAAAUGUGUCUCGAGCUUUUAAAUCCUAAUGAAGAUGACAUCGAAAGUUCAGCAGAGUGUUUGGAAAAAUUAUCCCAUUGUAUCACUCAGCUACCAGUUGGUCAUCAAAAUGACUCAGAGGAUCAGGGAGAAAGUCUUGUCAAGAAAAGGAAACUUUGCCACUUGAAUUUCAAAGCAGUCGAACGUAUUUCAAAGGAGCAAAUUGACAAUUUAAUGAAUUCUUGCAGCUGUGAUAGAGCAGAUGAUCAACAAAAAGAUCUGCCAUUGGUAUUUUCAUUAGUAAAUUCAUUCUGUGAUGAAAAAGUCCUAGAUAGUGUCUCUCAGAACUUACUGAGUCAUUACACGUAACGUGAAAUUUAUCAUCUGUGUAAUUGUCCAGCCAACAGAUAAAUGUGCCUCAUGGGACGGCCAAUGUUGAGUUUCAUCGAAUUUUAUCCAUUUGCCUCCUGUCUAUAACCCUCCUAUAGCCAAAAUAUUUUUCUUGUUUUAAAAUUUUAUUAGAUUUCCCUCCUAAAAAUUACAUGUUCAGUCUAGUCAUUCAAACUUCAUUGUAAUAGGGAAAGUAAUUGAUUUUUUGAAAAUGAAUGUAAUGAAGAAUUUCAUUAAGAAUUCAAUUAAAACAUCAUCUUUGCCUUCAAUAAAUCUUUGCAAUCAUUUCGAGGUA